AUGGAGGCUCCCAAGAAGGAAGACAUUCUUCUGUUGGCUGAUGAAAAGUUUGACUUCGACCUUUCGUUGUCUUCUUCAAGUGCCAAUGAAGAGGAUGAAGUCUUUUUUGGACCAAUUGGCCAUAAAGAAAGGUGUAUUGCUGCCAGCUUAGAAUUAAAUAAUCAGCUUCCCGAAGAACCUCCUUUGCCGGCUUCUGAAAGACACUUCACCUGGAGUCCGCUCACGGGGGAAAAGUUUGUGGAAGUUUAUAAAGAAGCUCACUUACUGGCCUUCCAGAUACAAAGCAACGGCAGAACCAAGGCGGCCCAGGCUGCCCAGCCCGCAGACCCCGGGAGCCAGGAAGUGGAAGGGUUCAUACAGGAGUCUAAACUCAAAAUAAACCUCUUCGAUAGAGAAAAUGAAGCGAAGAAAAGCCCCAAGUCACUUAAGCGGGAGACAUACUGCCUGUCGGAUGGCCUCUGGAGGGCACCACUGCUCCGGGGCACUCAGCCCGCCUCUAGCGCAGCCCCGCCGGCCGCUGCUGCCCAGACCAGCUGCCCCGAGACCUCGGGGCCGCCGCCUGCCUCGUGCCCUUCUCUGCCAGCAGAGUCCAGUGCUGCUCAGCCUCCGAACCAGGCCGGGGCUCAGAAGAAGGUCACCAGCAAGUUGCUGCCGCCCCGAACCUCGUCCCUUCGAGGAAAGAGCCUUCACUCGACCGUGGAGAAGCCCACAAGACAGAAACCUGCUAGUCCUCCCAGGAUGAAAGUCCAAAACGAAAAGGAUGCCCACAGCAGCAUGCCCCCGGACAAGCUCAGCACCACCCGGGACGUCGCCGGCGUGUCAGCCGCUGGAAGCCACUUGGUCCCAGGCAAGCGGUCGCUCCCUGUUCCAAACAAGUCCGGGCCGAAGAAAACCGUGCUAAAACCUCCUGGGGGUGCUGGCGGCCUGGCAGGAAGGGCCUCGUCAGGGUCCGUCGCGGGCCUGAGCUCCGCUGCGCGUGCUUCUCCCAUGACCGGCAGAGCUGAACCAAGUGAACGUCCAGCCAUCUCUGUGGACAGUGCCCGGUCAAGCUCCAGCCAGACAGGCAGAACGGGGCUCACCCUGCCACGGCCGUCCCUGAAGGCGGGCCCCGGGGGUGUGGCCUGCAGGCAAAGCCAGAGGCCAGGGGCUGCGGAAUGGGCAGCGGAGCAGCCCAGGGGGCCUCCCAGAGCAUCUCUCCCCCAGCCCCAGACCCCGGAACAGGGAGGCCCUGGGCCCAGCUCUCAUUGUGGUUUGUCACAGUCUUCUCAAAGGGCUAAGACCGGGAGUACAAGAAGGCGUGAUUCCUGCCUAAACUCCAAGACAAAGGCUGUGCCUACCCCUACGAAUCAAUUUAAAAUUCCCAGGUUUUCUACUGGUGAGCCCCCGGCCGGUGCGACGCCGAAGUCCUGUUGGGCACAGCGGCCGCAGUCCUGCACAUCGGUGGGGAGGGUGGCCCACAGCACUCCCAUGAGGUGGUCCUCAGCCACACAGAGUCUUGUCAGCAGCGUGAGGACCCCCGUGAGCACGAGGCGCCUGUCAGCCCUGCCCACGCCUGCUGGCCGCCGGCUCUCCAGCCUCCCUCUGGCAACCCCCACAACUGUGCCCAGGCUUCUGGCUUCUCCCCUGCCUGCAUCUGCUCGGCGACUCUCUUCUGAGCCCCAGAAAAAAUCCACAGUGAGAACUGCGCCUGCCAGGGAGGGCGAUGGCCAGCCUGUAUCCAGGCGCCCCGACUUGUCCCCCGACGGCAGCUGCUCACCUCUGUCUGCUGUGCCACAGGCACUGGACUUUUCUCCAGAAAAGAGCGAUUUUACUUUUUCACAAAGUUUCACCACAGAAGUCACCCUGGACGGAGAGCAGUCCCCCGAAGCCGCCGCCCCCAGUGAGGCUCUCCUUGUGGAUUUCAAACUGGAUCAGCUCAGCCUCGCCGGGGAGGCUCUCGCCACCGCCCUGGACGGCCGCCCGCUCAUUGACUUCUGCGGGAGCCCCGAGGCAGUCGUGGCCCUGCGGUCUGGAAGCGGGCCCCUCGUCGACCUUCUGGCAAACACCCCAGAGGCAAACAGGAAGGCCGUGGCCAAGCCCCCUGAUGAGGUGGGACAGCUCAUAGACUUGGCUUCCCCUCUGAUCCUGCUGAGCCCGGAGGCUGACAAGGAAAACACGGAGUCUCCGCUCCUCAAGUUCUGA